AUGGACGAUCGGUCUGUUCUUCACUAUGAACUCGGAUUCUAUGAAAAAAGUGGAGACAACUGUUUUCGCGGCACGUUAACCUUCGCAUUGCGUUACGAUUUCAUCCAUCGGGUGUUAAUGUUGCACGUUCUCAGAGCAAAUCACCUGCCCGUUGAGGAAAAAGGUAGAACUGUUGAUCCAUAUGUGAAGAUGUAUCUGCUCCCAGAAAGGAGAAAUCAUUGUAAGACAAGAAUCUGCAAGAAAACUAUGGAUCCAGAUUUCAACGAGAUGUUCUCGUUUGAUGUUCCUUUCAAUAGUUUGUCCGGAAGAAUGCUACAGUUCACAGUCUACGACUUUGACAGAUUCACUCGACAUGGUUUAAUAGGAAAUGUAAUUAUGCGAGAUUUGUUUGAUAAAAGCGAUUUGUAUACAUGGACAGAAUAUACUAUGCAGAUUGUCGGUAGCCAAGAGAAGAAUGAUUUUGGAGACUUGUUACUGUACCUCCUAUAUUCGCCAAACGAGCAGAAAUUAUUUGUUACUGUUGCCAAAGCAUAUAACCUCCGACCAAUGGACAUCACUGGCGCUUCUGAUCCCUAUGUGAAAGUGGAACAGGUAUAUCGAGGAAAGCGUGUGAAAUUGCGUAAAUCAACAUGCAAGCGCGCAAAUCUUAACCCAGUGUAUCAUGAAACGUUGGAGUAUGAUCUACCAUUAAGUCAAGUGGCUGAGACAAACUUUUUGGUCCAGGUCAUGGAUUGGGAUAGAAUUGGGAAGGAUGAUCUACUCGGAUGCUGCGUGCUAGGCAAAGAUAGUCCGACUGUGGAAGGACGUACUCAAUGGGAAAACUGCUUCCUUUCGCUUGCUCAUACUGAUGUUAAUGGUCAUAAUGUAAGCACUUAA